CCAAAGUGCCCGGGCGAGAGGGGAGUUCGUGCCGCCGCGGGAGCCCGCCGAGCCGGGGCAUGGUGCAGAGCUCCCCGGAGCUACGGAGCUGCGGAGCGGCGGCCGGGGCAGACACACAACGGCGGGGCAUGGACAGAGCUGGCGGCGCUGGUGGUCGAGCCGCGAGUGAGAGCGGCAGGACUUCACAGGGGAGAUCAAGGAUAUCUCGCGGAGCCAGAACACUGUAGGGAUGCUGUAGUUCCAGGUGACUCUGGCAAGGUGGCUGAAUGUUAAAGAUGGCAACCCAAUACAACAAUGAACUGAAAUGUGUUAGCGUAGAGUGGGACUUCCUCCAAGGACUGCUCGUAAAGAACCAACCUGUCCCUUGCCUGCAAGCCCUACGGAAGGAGAAGUCUCGCAAUGCGGCCCGAUUCAGGCGGGGCAAGGAGAACUUUGAGUUUUACGAGUUGGCGAAGAUGCUGCCCUUGCCAGGGGCCAUCACCAGCCAACUGGACAAAGCAUCCAUCAUCCGGCUGACCAUCAGCUACCUACGCAUGCGGGACUUUGUCAACCUGGGGGACCCCCCGUGGAACCUGCGGAGCGAGGGACCCCCACCCAACAUAUCCAUUAAAGCAAUAGGAACUCAGCAACGAAGAAGUCCCACGUCUCUGGCUAUUGAGCUCUUUGAGCUACAUGUGGGUGGACACAUCCUACAGUCCCUGGAUGGUUUUAUUUUUGCACUAAACCGGGAAGGAAAAUUUUUGUACAUUUCCGAGACUGUGUCCAUCUAUCUAGGCUUGUCACAGGUGGAACUAACAGGCAGCAGCGUCUUCGACUACAUCCACCCUGGGGACCAUGUAGAGGUGGCGGAACAGCUGGGGCUGAAGUUGGCUGGUAGCCGCGGGCAAAGCACGCAAGCCCCCACCGAAGAUGGGGCCAGCUCCACCUCUUCCUCCUCGCUGGCCGAGACCCCCGAGCCAGACUCUGCCAGCCCCAGCCUCCUGUCUGAAGAGACAACAAUGGAACGAACGUUCUUUGUCCGCAUGAAGUCUACACUCACCAAGCGGGGCGUGCACAUCAAGUCUUCAGGAUACAAGGUAAUCCACGUGACGGGUCGCUUGAGGCCGCGGUUAUCGCUGCCCCACACGCGGGCCGUUCCCACCAGGUUUAUGGGGAUGGUGGCCCUAGCGCACACCCUCCCUCCCUCCACCAUCAACGAGGUCCGUAUCGAAUGUCACAUGUUCGUGUCCAGGGUCAGCCUUGACCUGCAGAUCAUCUACUGUGAGAACAGGAUCUCGGAUUACAUGGACCUGUGUACGGCAGAUGUGGUGGGGAAGAACUGCUACCACUUCAUCCACGCUGAGGACGUUGAAGGGAUCAGGCACAGCCACCUGGACUUGUUAAACAAGGGCCAGGUGGUCACUAAGUAUUACCGCUGGAUGCAGAAGAAUGGAGGUUACAUGUGGGUCCAAUCCAGUGCCACUAUCUCCAUCAACGUCAAAAACGGCAAUGAGAAGAACAUCAUCUGGGUGAACCAUGUGUUGAGCAAACAAGAGCUUCGAGACACACCAAUGGACAUCUCGCAACUUCCACUCUUGUCCAUCAAACCUUCUAAACAGCUGGAAUUAUCGGAUUCAGAGUCUGACUCCCGGGAACACAUAGGAGGCUGCAUGCCGAAGGCCCUGGGGAAGGCCGCAGGCCUGGGGGCGGCUGGUGAGGCCCGGUUGGAGGGCUGGAAGCGAUCGGGGAACCAGUCUGAGGAGGAGAUGACAUCAGCCAAGGACGACAGUGACUCGAGCCUGUCGGAUAGCGAUGGGCCAAGCGGUGUGGGAAGACGGAGCUUUGUCCUGUCACGGGUCAAGCGGCUGAAAGUGGAGGCCCAGGCCCUGGGCGAAGGCCGUGAGCAGCGAGGCUCCGGGCCUAGCGAGGACGGCACUGGCAGCUCGGAGGAGGAGGCUGCAAAGCACCAGUACCCCAAGAGGAGGAAGAGGCCGAGAGACGGCUCGGGCCCCAGGAGGAAGACCCCCAGCCCGGGCCUGGGGCCGCACGACUUCGGAGGGCCCCGGACCUCGUCCGAGCGAGUCCCCACCCCCAAGGUCAAGACUGAGGCCAUUCAGCCCGUCGGCUUCGACGGCCACGGUGCCGUCUGGAACUACCCGAGGGGGGACAUGGCCUACCGGCAGGCCAAAGCCUCGGCCUCCGAGCACUUUCACCCCGACCCUGCCCACACCCCGCCCGCAGCUGCCGACGCUCAGAAGACUCCGUUCGGCCAGUCGCCCCGCGGGGCACCGGGCGCUUCGUCCUCCGACGCGCUCUCUCCCCCCCCUCCGCCGGCCGUUGUUGCCGCCGACGACAAGGCCGAGAUCCAGGCCCAGGUGUCCGCCCUGCCCUCCAGCUUGUACGCGGCCAGCACCAUCCGCUACGCUCCGGCCGACGUGGCCUUGUCCGUGCCCGGGAACCUCCUGCCCGCCACGCACGCCCUCAACUUCGUCGACCUCAACGGCCCGGCCUUCGCCGCUGAGCAGAAGGCCCAAGUCGAGAUGAUUUACCACCACGUCCAACGCCUCAACAUGGCGGCCAACCCCUUCGCCGCGGCUGGCCUGCCCCAGGCCUUCACCACAGCCGAGGCCCUCUUCUCCACCCUGCCCUUCCCCAUCCACGCCCCCCAGACACUCGACCGCAAGGAAGACUGAAGCCGUGUCCCUGUGAGGGAAGGAUCACUCCAUCAAACCCCCCAGCCUCCACGUUGAGACUAUGGACCUCCUCCUUUGUUUUAUCUCCUUAAAAACAAUUAUCUGUUAACUUUAACCAUGCUCCCACCACCUCCUCCUCCUCCAGUCCCAGAGACUAGCACUUAUUUUCCUUUCUCUCGGUCCCAGUCCACGUCGGAAGUGGAAGGGCUCGGGGAGGGGGUGGUGGAAGGAAGAUUGACCGUGGGGGAGAGCCACAAGAGGAGACGACCCAGCUGGCAGUCCGUGGAAGGGCGGGCCGACUGUUGGCACGGGACGGUGUCGGUGAGGGUGGCAGGAAGGGGGCAGGGUGGGUACGUCCACCAUUUGGGCCCCCGUCCCCGCCUCCGUUGCGCAGUCAACUGAGCAGAAACUGAACCUCUGCUCAGUCAACCUCCACCUUGACCUUAAACCUCUCGCGCUUGACCUACUUGGGCCUUCAGCCACCUCAUAGUCCGCCCAAGGCCUCACCCAGCCAGUGUCCACUUUGAUGUCUUGUCUGAGCCUUUGUCAGUCGUUGUCCAGUUAGGCUCUAAGGCCUGCUUCUUCACCGUGACCAUUCAUUCGCACCUGAGCCUCACAGGCCUACAUGUCCCCUCUGGGCCUGCUCUGUGUAUAAUGUACAGCCAGUCGGUAACAUUUGUAAAACAAAUAGGCAAACAGAAAACAAAAGCCAUUCCCCCAAGGACAGGUGGUGUUACGGGCAGCCAAGUAGUGCUUCCACUUGCCAUGGGCCUUUGAGAGGUUUGUGGGACGCAGCAUUCUCUCUUGCGGAGAACAUGCCAAGGCUUUAAUGUGUUGUUCAGUGUAUCAUCAUUCAAUCCAGCUUUCUUCAUCCUUGUCUUAAGCUUUUGGGGGAAAGAAGAGAGAGAACAAAGAAAUUCCAGGCUGCUUUUUCUUCCAGCGUAAUCCAGCUGUGCAUCACUGUUUCAGAAGCUUGCCGCUCAGAAUGUUUGUUGGAACAAUGCGGAACGAGCCUUCACUCCCUACCUAACCCAGGGCUGUUCCUGCUCUUGGAUUGUUUCAUGGGGAAUCUUACUCUGCAUCUAACCAGUUUUUUUCUCUCUCCCUUUGGGAUAACAUAGACGGAGCAUAACUCUGCUUCUCUGCUGUGCCGAACUAUCCCUGCUACUUUGGAUAAAGCAGGGGAAACAUAGAAACAUAGAAGAUAGGUGCAGGAGUAGGCCACUCGGCCCUUCGAGCCAGCACCACCAUUCAAUAUGAUCAUGGCUGAUCAUCCAAAAUCAAAACCCCGCCCAUAACCCUCGAUUCCUAAGAGCUUCACCUAACUCUCUCUUAAAUGUAAAGGUAGACAAAAAUGCUGGAGAAACUCAGCGGGUGAGGCAGAAUCUAUGGAGCGAAGGAAUAGGUGACAUUUCGGGUCAAGACCCUUCUUCAGACUGAUGUGGGGGUGGGAAGAAAGGAAGAGGCGGAGACAGUGGGCUGUGGGAGAGCUGGGAAGGGGAAGGGAAGGAGGGAGAAGGCAAGGACUACCUGAAAUUGGAGAAGUCAAUGUUCAUACCGCUGGGGUGUAAACUACCCAAGCGAAAUAUGACCUGAACUGUCACCUAUUCCUUCACUAGAUAGAUGCUGCCUCACCAGCUGAGUUUCUCCAGCAUUUUUGUCUAUGUUUGAUUUUUCCAGCAUCUGCAGUUCUUUCUCAAACAUUCAGCUGAUGCAAACCAGUGAAGCAAUCAGUGGAAGUAUCUCCUUUACAAGCCCAAAGUUUCCCCCUAAAAUCACUCCUUGUAAAUCUGAACACUGCAAUUUGCACUCAGCUUUGUUUUUUUGGUGGAGGGGCAAUUUCAAUCGGAGGUAAAACCAGG